AUGCAUGAAGAACACCAGUACCUCGAUCUUGUGCGAGAGAUCCUUGACCAGGGCGAGCAUCGACCGGACCGCACCGGCACAGGAACCUACUCCAUCUUUGCUCCGCGGCCGUUAAAGUUCUCGCUGAACAAGAAUGGAACCCCGAUUCUGCCGCUCCUGACCACGAAACGCGUCUUCCUCAAAGCCGUCGUCGCCGAGCUGCUAUGGUUCAUCGAGGGCAACACGUCGUCGCUGGCACUGAGCGAAGCUGGCGUCAAGAUUUGGGAUGGCAACGGCUCGCGCGAAUUCCUUGAUAGCGUGGGCUUGUCGCACCGCCAAGUCGGUGACCUGGGCCCCGUAUACGGCUUCCAGUGGCGACACUUUGGGGCCGACUAUGUUGAUUCCAAAGCCGACUAUACGGGAAAGGGUGUCGAUCAGCUCGCCGACGUUAUCCACAAGCUGCGAACGACACCGUACGAUCGUCGCAUCAUCCUCUCCGCUUGGAACCCCCGCGACCUCAAGAGCAUGGCCCUGCCGCCCUGCCAUAUGUUUGCCCAGUUCUACGUGUCAUAUCCGCGGACCGGAACAGAGAAUGGCGACGGCGGAGACAAGAAGCCCAAGGGCCAUCUGCACUGCCAGCUGUACCAAAGGUCGUGCGACAUGGGACUCGGCGUUCCCUUCAACAUAGCCAGCUACGCGCUGCUGACACACAUGCUUGCGCACGUCUGCGAUCUCGUGCCGGGCAGCCUCACGCACGUCAUGGGCGAUGCGCACGUCUAUCUCGACCAUGUCGAUGCGCUCAAGGAGCAACUGGAGCGCGAGCCGCGGAACUUCCCCGAAUUUGAAAUCGCGCGCGAAAAGGCAGGCAGCAUCGAUGGCUGGAAAGCCGAAGAACUCGUCGUCAAGGGCUACAAUCCGCACAAGUCCAUCCCGAUGAAGAUGUCUGUUUGA